GCCUGUGCUAGAGAGAGGGUGAGAGAGCGAGCUGGAGGAAUAAAGUGCUCCUCCUGGAUCUUAUUGGAGCCCUCUCUCCCCUCUCUCGCCUUCCCCUCUUCUCCGUACUUUCGGCUUGUGUCCAUUUAAGUUGGGGAGGCCCUGGAGAGGACACACAAUGGAACGAAGAGCCUGUGGCAACUGGGCCGUUGUACUGCUGAGAGGGGGAUGGGGUAGAGAGAGGACCGGUUCACACAGCUAACACAGCCUGCCGGCUGUAGGCUCCCACAGCCUUUCCUCCCUGCCUGGGCCCACUAUUUCCAGGCUAGGGCUUUUUUGUGUGGAACAACCAUCCUCAAACUCCGCUUGGACACUAAGGAUUACUCACUCACUUCUGUGGAAUUUUAUGAUACACACGGGAGUCCGAAGAAUAAAUCCCUCCUGUGUUUUUGAUGAGAGAAAAGAAAAAACAAACUUCUGUGUAACUCUUCUUGCCCUUUUUUGGAUUGUUUAUGUUUAGUGAAGUUCAUAAAUGGAAUACAAGAUGCAUGCCAAGUCAAACGAUUUGCUGGAUUUUCAAAAACUGGACGCCCUUCUGGAAAAAAUUGCACAUUCAGUCUCUGUGAAAAGAGAGUCCAGCGAGGAGUGCAAUGGGAUCAGCGGUGCUCUGUCAGUGGAGUCUGUGCCGGGGCCAAGACUGAACUGGUGUCCUGCCAACACCACUACCCCUGCCCCUGCAGCUCCAGCUCCUGCUCCGGGGCCCGAGCCCGCGCCCAACCCUGUUAAGAUGGGGGACGGCCUGGAUGCAGCGCAGAUGUCGGGCAGCAGCAGCAGCAGCCAGGGGCAGGCCCACCAAGUGAACCCCCCACCCCCAGAGUACAUCAACCCUACUAGGCCAAAGCGCCAGACCAAUCAGCUGCAGUUCCUGCUCAAGGUGGUGGUGAAGGCCCUGUGGAAGCACCAGUUUGCCUGGCCCUUUCAUAUACCAGUGGAUGCGGUCAAACUUAACCUGCCUGACUACUAUACAAUAAUCAAAAUUCCUAUGGACAUGGGAACAAUCAAGAAAAGGCUUGAGAACAGUUACUACUGGAAUGCCCAAGAAUGUAUCCAAGACUUCAACACAAUGUUUACCAACUGCUACAUAUACAACAAGCCUGGAGACGACAUAGUCUUAAUGGCUGAGGCUCUAGAGAAGGUUUUCCUCCAGAAGGUCACAGAAAUGCCUCAGGAAGAAACUGAGAUUGUUGUCAUGACAGGAAAGGGACGUGGCCGGGGCCGAAGAGAAGGAGGUCUUAACUUGAAACCAGGGACCAUCAUUGAUCCUUCGUCCACGACUCCUCAAACACGUGGUCUGUCUAACCUCUCAGCAGCACCGCAGACCAGAGGACCAGUGCAGGGUCCGCCUUCACUACCUCCCCAGCCUUUAAUGCAGGCCCUGCCGUCCCAUGUGCCCUCAACGUUACCCAGCCAUGCACCACAGCUCGGGGCUCCCUACUCCCUGAGCCAAUCAGACUGUGCUCCUCAAGUUCCCAUCAUGACUUCUGUGCCUCCCCCUGCUCAGACCUCCCUUCCCCCAGCAUCCAUCCAGAGCACUGCCCCCAUGCUGCAGAACCCUAUAACCAUGACCAAACAAAGAAAGAGCCAGAAAAGGAAAGCUGACACUACAACGCCCACAGCAAAUGACCAACUGAGUGAGUCUUCACCGGCAGAGUCCAAAUCUGGGAAGACACUACCCAGGCGAGAGAGUUCCCGGCCUACAAAACUGAUAAAGAAGGAAGCUCCUGACUCCCAGCAUCACAUUGGCAUGGGCAUGGGGAUGGGACUAAGUGGACCAAGUGGAGGUCAUAGCCCCAAACCACAGGAUCAGCUGGGAUACUGCGCUAGUCUGGUUAGGGAUAUGCUGUCCAAGAAGCACGCUGGUUACGCCUGGCCAUUCUACAAACCUGUUGAUGUGGAUGCACUGGGACUACAUGAUUAUCAUGAUAUCAUCAAAUAUCCAAUGGACCUCAGCACCAUCAAGGUCAAGCUGGAGAACAGGCAAUACCGGGAACCCCAGGAGUUUGCUGCUGACGUACGAUUAAUGUUUUCCAACUGCUACAAAUAUAACCCCCCAGACCACGAGGUGGUAGCUAUGGCACGCAAGCUACAGGAUGUCUUUGAGAUGCGUUUUGCCAAGAUGCCAGAUGAACCUGAGAGCAAGCCUCUGGUUCCUGCCCCAGCUCCCACACUUCACCAUCCUGCCCCUGUUAAGCCCCAGCCUCCUUUGGCCCACAUCGCCUCGUCUUCAGACAGCUCCAGUGACUCGUCCUCUGAGUCUGAGUCUUCCACAGAUGACUCUGAAGAGGAGAGAGCGCAGAGGUUGGCUGAGCUCCAGGAACAGUUGAAGGCUGUUCACGAGCAGCUGGCUGCCUUGUCCCAACCACAAGCCAGCAAACCAAAGAGAAAGGAGAAAGAAAAGAAGGAGAAGAAAAAAGAAAAGCAUAAGAAGAAAGGAGGCAUGUCAAGCCUUGUAGAUGAGAUCCAGGAUGCUACACCUGUUCCACAGCUCUCGAAGAAGACCAAGUCCAGCAACAAUAACAACAAAGAGGUUACCAAGAAAAAAAACAGUAAAAAGGACGGGACGAAAAGCAAUCAUCCCUCCAACCAACUGCCGGUUCCCAGCCUGGAAGAAGAUCUGGGGGCAGCUGGGUCAUCAGCUACAGCGGUUAAGUGCAAGCCUAUGACAUACGAGGAGAAGAGGCAGCUAAGCUUGGACAUCAACAAGCUUCCUGGUGACAAGCUUGGUCGUGUAGUGCAUAUCAUCCAGUCCAGAGAGCCCUCACUCAAAAACUCAAAUCCUGAUGAGAUUGAGAUUGACUUUGAGACGCUAAAGCCUUCUACUCUGCGUGAGCUGGAGAGAUAUGUGUCUUCCUGCCUCCGCAAGAAGAAAAAGAUUGCAGUUGAGAAGCCUGUGGAGUCCAUGGCUACCUCCAAAAAGACUGGAUCCUCUUCGGAGAGCAGUGGCUCCAGCACAGACAGUGAAGCUGAGGGGACAGGAAUAAUAAAGCAUCAGAAGAAGAAGGGACAGUCUGGUAAGGAGGGGAAGAAGACUCAUCUUCAUGUACACACUGGUCCUGCUCAGACUGGGCUUCAUUCCCAAGUCGCAGGCCUUCAGUCCAGCAGUCAGAUGAAGCAGCAACAGCCAUCUCCUGCAGGCUUCAUUGCUCCCCCUGUAGCCGCUCUGGAGUCUUCCCAGUUAUUGGAGACUAGCUUUGAGUCCCUACCGCCUUUCGGCCAGCCCCUCAUGCAUCUGUCCCACCACACAGGCAACUCCACGUCACCGGCACCUCCACACCUCAACGCUCAUUCUGCUGGACCAGUGUCUCCUGAGACCCACCCCUUCCUUAACCAGCAUCCCGUCCUCACAUCUCCAGCCUUGCACAUUUCCAUGCCUCAGCAGCCUUCUCGACCCAGUCAUAAGGCAGCGCCUCUUCAUCCCAAACCCCCUCAGCAGCAACCAGCACCUCCUCAGCAGCAGCCCACCCUGCAGCAGCCCACCCUACAGCAACAGCAGCAGCAGCAGCAGCAGCAACAACAACAACAACAACCACCACCGCAGCAGCUCCAGCUCCAGCUCCAGCCCCAGUUAGCAGCAGCAGCACCACCACCACAGCACCAGCUUCCCUCCCAGAUCCUUCACCCUCCUCAACCCCUGCACCAGCGGCCCAUGUCCCCUCCAACACUUACACCCCAGGGCUUGCUGUCUUCCCAGCCUCCACAGAUGUUGCUGGAAGAUGAUGAAGAGCCGGGAUCCACAACGCCGUUAAACCAAGUACAAUUAUACCUGCAGCAGUUCCAACAAGCCCGUCAGCCCCAGCAGUCCAUGCAGUCGCUCCAGGCGCAGGCUCGUCAGCAGCAGCAGCAGCAGCAGCAACAACCACCAGGACAGAUCUCUCUCUUGCAGUCUGUCCAGGGACAAUCUCAACUCCCCUCUCAGACCACGCUGCCUCCUCCCCGGCUCCCUAUCCAGUCCCAGCCUCAGCAAGCCCCAUCACAUCAGGCCCCGCCCCAACAAAUGCCUCUGCACCAGGCCCGCCACAUGCAGCACACUCAGCCACAGCAACAGCAGCCACAACCGCAACAACUGAACUACCAGCAGGGUCCUGGACUAGCUGGUCAGUCCCAGGGAUCACAACACAAGGUGUCCAUGCCUACCAACAAAGCACAGCAGAUCAUCCAACAGCAGCAAAAGCAGCCCUCCCCACGCCCACCCAAGGCUGACCCUUACAAUGCAGGUCACAUGAGGGACAACCCAUCCCCGCUCAUGAUGCAUUCCCCUCAACUUCCCCAGUAUCCACCUGUGUCGCACCAGUCCCCACCUCACAACAUGCAGCCCAAAAAGCAGAGGGCCCCUGGGAGCCAUGGUGGGAUCAAGGAGGAGAAACUUCCUCCAUCACCAGUGAUGAGAGGAGAGCCAUUUAACCCUGCAAUGAGACCAGACCAUCACAAACAUCCUGAUAACAAGCCUUCUCAACCAGGCCACGGCCAACAGAAUGUGAAGUCCAUGGACAGCUUGCGACCUGUAAUCCGCUCCUCUGAGUCCAGUGUACCGCCCUCCUCUCUGCAAGAAAAGGAAAAGUUUAAGCAGGAGUCCAAGGCACCCAUUGCCACUAAAAAGGUACAGGAUGUGAAACUGAAGAAUAUGGGCUCAUGGGCCAGCCUGGCACAGAAGUCCACAUCUACACCUUUAUCUGCAGUGAAGUCAUCGAGUGACAGUUUUGAGCAGUUCCGUCGUGCCGCCCGGGAGAAAGAGGAGAGGGAAAAAGCAUUGAAGGCCCAAGCCGAGCAGGCGGAAAAAGACAGACUACGCAGAGAGCAGGACAAACUACGGGGUCGAGAUGAAGAGGACAUCAUGGAGCCAAGCAGAAGGGUGCACGAGGAGCCACGCCGGCGUAUGGAGCAGCAACACAUUCAAGCUCCUUCACAACAACAACAACAACAACAACAACAACAGCAGCAGCAGCAGCAGCAGCAGCAGCAGCAGCAACAACAACAACAACAGCAGCAGCAACAGCAACAACAACAACAACAGCAGCAGCAGCAAGAGCCCCAGCCAGCUCCCAUUCAGCAGCCUCCUCAGCCCCCCACACCGCCUCAGCCCACCACACAGAACCCACUCGACCAACAGAGGGAGCUAGCACGCCGCCGAGAGCAAGAGAGGAGGAGACGAGAAGCGAUGGCGGCAACUAUUGACAUGAAUUUCCAAAGUGACUUAAUGGCUAUCUUUGAGGAGAACCUGUUUUGAGGAGAGAAGCAACUGAAACAUAACUGCAAAAAAACAAAAACAGGAUUAAAAACGAAAAAAAAAAAAAAAAACUUUUAUAAUGUAAACUUCUUCUAAAGAGAGAUUUGGCGACCACGCACCACAGAGGGAUGCGGACUGUUUGUAGAUGUGACGGGGCUGACCCUCGGAGACCGAGGAUAAACGAUGGACGGGCGCUCACAGCUCGCUUUGCCCCUGUGGACUGAAAACACACAACACACGGGGAUCGGCUCAUUAUUUGGAUGUCAUUUCCUGGGAAUUUGGCAUUGCCUGCCUGAUAACAGGAGAAAGAGGACCCCUGUUGGCACAGUUGCCUUUGUCACUUGCUUCUUACGGCGUGCGUGGGCGCAAUAAUUCAUUGAGUGAAGACAUCCCAAUAACUAUGAAAAUGCUCUGAUAAUGUACUGACAGACUGUGCAGAGGUGUCUUGAAACUGCCAGAUGUCUGAGGUGGUAAAGAAGACUCGUCUUUUAUGUUCUGUUUUGUUUUGAUUGUUGUUAGUGAACAAAUGAAAUGGUUGGUGGGGAAGGGGGGCAACUUCCAUACUGUAAAUCAUGUAUAUUUCUCAGCAGAGAAGGUACAGUUUGCCUUACACCUCUUUCCUAAGCAGACCAUCAUGUUUUGUGGCCUGCACACAUGGAGAAACCAAUAACAUUUACAACCAAGAGUAGGAGCAGUGCAGACCUUUUUUCAUCAUCUAGUAUCUACUGUAAAGAAGUAUUUUCUUAUACUACAAUAACUGUUUAUUUUGGAUCUUUCUUUCUUUUCCUCUUUAGGUCUUUGAAUCUUCAUACCAUCACACUCCGCCACCUCUGUCUAUGCCAAAACAACCAUUAUCUUUUAUCUUAAAUUACUUGUCCUAAAACAUGGUAGGUAGCUAUUGACAAAAAAAAUAUCCCUGAAUAUAUGCAUUAUCAUAGUUCCAGCAAGUAUUUAUCAAAGACAGAAUCAGUUUUCAUCCUGCCUUGUAUUUUUCACUUAAAGCUACAACAGGAACUUGUCAGCAGAAGAGGGGAAAGGUCCGGCUGUUUCUGAGCUUUAGUUGGAAUAUGAUUUCACUACAUUCUUGUGUUACACUUUGAGACAAAAUGUUUAUCACUGGCAAGAGUCACACUAGUCAAUCAGUUAAGAAACGAGGAGCCCCUUGCUGUUUCCUCUGUGUGUGCUCUGAUCUUACCUUAAGGUUUUGAUCAAAUGUCAACAGUGCUUGAGGCAGUAAGGGGGAAUUCAAGGGAAUAAGACAAACACUUAACACUUUCUGUAGCUGUUACUUGAAUCAGGUUUCAAAAAAAAAAUACAAAAAAAAGCUGAAGGAGCUCCCAGUUAGUUUUUGCAUCAAAUCGUCUUCUAAUUCACUGAGGGCACGCUGUCAGCAGUACAAAAUAAAAAUACAAAAGUAAAGAAACGGAAAACUCUGAAAAAACAGUUUUGAUUUAUAUCUUUGUUCUUGUUCGAUAAUAGUGGAUGUGAGUUAUAAUUCUGUUUUUGGAGACAUUGUUUUGGACCGGGGAUGGGUUGAAAUCUGAAUGCAUCUCGUCCUCUUCACUUGUCUCUUAUGGUGUUUUUCUCCAGUGCCUGUAUUGUAUUGCAAUUCUCGUUGGCUUAUAUUACACUUCGAGGGGGUUUAGAGAGGGGGCAGGUGAGGACGGGGUGGUGUAAUAUUUGAACGGGGAGGGAGAUUUUUUGAAAGAGUUUGUGUAAAAAACAAAAUAAUAAAAAAAAAAAGAGGAAAAGACAGCGUUUUAUAUUUUACCCGUUGACAAUAUUCGGGUUUUAAAUUUAGUUUUAGCUGGACUUCUAUGAGUGUACACAUCUGACAACUACUUUCUCAUUUUGUUCAAUCAGCAGAUUUUAGGUAGAGAUGUUUCAGCGUUGCCACACUAGCGUUUGAGUCUGGUCUGUGAGUGUGACUGUGUAUAUUUGGACGGCUGUGUGACUGUAUGUUUGUUUUUUCUUUUCUUUUUUUUUUCUUUUUUUUUUAAAGUGUGUGGUGCAGGAGGCAUGUUCCCCAAUGUAGAUAAGCAUUCUAUUGAUGAGGAGAAUAAACAGAUAAACAGUACUUCAGGAGAACUUGUUUCUGUGCUUAAGUCACCUUUUUAAUUUCUAUGAAGUCCACCAUAUAUGAAUAUAGAACUUUUAUUAUUAGACUGGUUUCGAAAGGGUAAAAAAAACAACUUCAUUCCUUUUUAGCCUCUUUUUCUUUUCACAAUAACUGUCGGACAUAAUGUGCCAUGAGCUCUACAGAGAAUGUGCUGACCUGCAGCUCAGCCCAGAGUUUGCUUUAUUCAGGUAUUUUAUUUUGUGUUACAUUUGUUCUGUUUUGAGGGUUUUGUUCAAACCUUUUCCUCAAUUUAUUGUUUGGUAUGUGAGUGGUCUAUUGAGGUCUCUGAUUAAGUCUGUUAUGAUCAUUGAAUAAACUCAUCUCUUUUAUAGAAAAUAAAAAAAAUAAACUCAA